AUGAAUAUAGAUAAUGAUGAAGAUAUGAUGGUUGAAUCAGGAUCGACUACCACCACUGGUUCAAGUGUACAAAAGACCAGUGUUUCAUCGAAUGUUUUCGAUCUCGACAAUUAUAUCAGUGGAUAUACUGGAUUUACAAAGAUACAUCGUUUGAUGUUCAUCGGUGAGGUCUCUGGUGACUUUGAAGCAGAGGCAAUCGAUCGUGCGCAACGCGAGAUAAAGUCUGGUCAGAACGUUGAGCUCUAUGGUCAUCUCAUCUCAAAGAUCACCAGUCUCAAACCGGACUUCCAGUGGGUCGAUUCCACCAACAAGCGUAACGCGCAGCAACUGGAGAAACUCGAGCAAGAUCUCAACGCAGCCAAGUCCAACAUGGUGAAAGAUGCGAUCCGUAUUGCACACAACGAGCUCGGUGACCACUACUAUCGUAUGGGUGACUUCCCCAACGCACUCAAGUGCUACGUGCGUACACGUGACUACUGUACCACCUCCAAACAGAUUCUCACAAUGUGUUUCAACAUCAUUCGUACCGGUGUCGACAUGGGUAACUUUAUCCACGUAAUCAACUACGUAACCAAAGCCGAACAAACCUCCGAUCUCGACCAAGUAUCUCUUGCCAAACUUCGUUCUGCCAUGGGUCUUUCAAAUCUUGAAACCGGUAAAUACAACAUGGCCGCUAAAAAAUUCAUUGAAGCUCCAUUUGAUAAUUCUGGAAAUCUUUCAGAUAUGAUUUCACCACAAGAUAUUGCAGUUUAUGGUGGUUUAUGUGCAUUGGCAACAUUUGAUAGAGCUGAAUUGAAAAAGAAGGUCAUUGAUCAUCCAGUCUUUAGAAACUAUUUAGAAUUGGUACCAGAGAUUCGUGAACUUAUCAAUGACUUUUAUAACAGUAAAUAUAGUUCAUGUUUGAAUUAUCUUGAGAAACUUAGACCAACAUUACAAUUAGAUAUUCAUCUUCAUGAUCAUAUCGAUAAACUUUAUUCAAAGAUUAGAUCAAAGUCGUUGAUUCAAUACUUCUCACCGUUCUCCUCGAUCGAUCUCAAUACGAUGGCAGUUGCAUUCAAUACCAAUGUGCAAUCGUUGGAGAAGGAGAUCAGUAAGCUUAUUAUGGAUGACUCUAUCUCUGCCAGAAUCGACUCUCACAACAAACGUCUCUACGCCAGAAAGACCGACCAACGUAGUGUCACCUUUGAAAAGUCGUUGCAGGUCGGUCGUGAAUUCCAAUCGAACGCCAACGACUCAUUGCUCCGUUUAAAUAUGCUCAACAACAAUUUGGUAACCAACAGCGCCAACCCAAAUCAACGUAAAGAAGACAAAUUCUUUGAUCCAAUGUUAAUGAUGCAAAUGGCUCAAUUCAACCAACAACAUAGAUAA